AUGAAAAAUGUCUCGAAUGUUGUUAAAAAUCAGGAUGUUUUAUCUCUAAAUCAAGAACGAAGCAAAAAAGAUAGAGAAGGUUUGUUACAAAAAAUCCUCCCAUUUAUGGUGAUCCCAUUUAUGAUUUCAUCAAUGAUGAUUCCAAUGGCUUUAAUCGGGUUAAAAUUGAUGUUGUUAAAAAGCGCUUUUAUAGGAAAAGUUGGGAUCAUUUUGCUUUUAAUCAGCAUGUUUACCCGAUUUAAUAACCAAGGAGGAGUUUAUAGCCAUAACAUUAAUUUGAGUCCGGUUGAAAAGGAAAUUUCUAUGGGUCAUUAUGGUUAUAACGGAGACGAAGAAUACGGUGCUUAUAUAAAUCGAAAAAAACGAAGA